CUCGGAGUUUCAGUUAAUGGCGCUAGUGAACGUGGAAACUCAAAUUAAUUUCGUUUCAUUUUUCAUUGUGAAUUUAGGAUUUAGGUUAUGGAGUAAAAUAUAUUUGAAGUGCAGUGUAAAGUGAAAAUUUAUCAGUAAAAAUGGAGAAACGAAAGGAUUCUUUGAGUGUUAUGAAAAUAUGCAGAUUUUGUUUGUCUCAGGAUGAUACCUUAUCAUAUAUUUACGAUAGAAAUAAAAAGCCAAAAAAUGGCAUUUCUCUGUCUCUAAAAAUUCUAUCCUGUUUGAGUAUGGAGGUGUUCCCCUCAGAUCGAAUGCCAGCGUACUUAUGUAAACCAUGUCAUUUUUUCCUUGAAUUAUUUUACAAAUUUAAAGAAAUAUGCCGCAGUGCGGAUGAGAGUUUAAUGAUGCACAUUCAAAAUGGGACACCUUUGGAACAAAUGACCUGGCCUAGUCUACUGACAAAAGUAUACCGGAAUUCUACAAAGUCGGAACCUGUAGUAAAAACUGUUGUCGGAGACGGGACCACAGUACAUGUGACUUCCCAAGAUGGUAGUGAUAGUGAAGAUGAAGAUGAAGGAAAUGUUUAUAAUGUUAAGAUUGGUGAUGAAUCUGGAAAAGGCUCAAAGCGCAUAAGAGUGGUCACCAGUAGAAAUCCAGACAAGGAAAGGUCCAAACCAACUAAAAGUAGACAAGAAGAUCUGAGUUAUGAGGCAGAUACGGACGAAGAGCCGGUCCCAGUGAAGGAGGUGGAUGAAGGAUGCUGGCCUUGCGACGAGUGCCACUGCACCUACCCUCUGGAACAACUGCUCAACCUUCACAAGAAGAUGAAGCACCGCGCCAGGACUGUGCAUUGCGACGAGUGCAAUCAAAAAUUCUUCUCCAAAAACGAUCUUGUGAACCAUCAGGUACGACACACAGAUGAAAUGCCAUUCCAAUGUGUUGCUUGCGACAGGAAGUUUAAACGGCUAAUUCUUCUAAAAAGACAUGAAAAGGUUAUGCAUUCCGACAUACCACAGCUUCCAUGCUCCAAAUGUUCUUCGACAUUUUUAUCUGUGGAAGAAUUGGAAGCACACCUGAUAAAACAUUCUCGUCAUAUUGAGCUUAAUUUUCCUUGUAAAGUAUGCGGCAAAAGAUACUCCGACAAGACGAGACUUCAGAAACACAAGGAUACAGUUCACGCGAAAGAUCCGCAAUUUAGUUGCGAAUAUUGUCCAGCGCAAUUUAAUGCAAUCACUAAGUUGACGAGACACGUGCGAACGCACGCUGGAGACCGCUCUUACCCUUGCAAAUACUGUGACAAGACUUUUAUAAAGUCUCACCAUUACACUAGACAUCUCCGCUUGAAGCACAGCACCACUAUGGGAACGGACGCCUUGUCAGACUUGAUGCUGCGCUGCGACCAGUGCAACGAGCCAUUCGUGACGCAGGACGAGCUUAUCUACCACUCGGCCAUCCACGCUACGCAGGACUUAACUUGCCCGCUGUGCCAGGAGAAAUUCCAGGACGUCGAUUCCGUCACCACGCACAUCAAGUCGCACGUCACCGGUGUAGAAUUCAUGUGCGAGUUAUGCGAGCUCAUAUUCACCUCAAAGGAAAAACUCGACAAGCAUAUGACUACUGCACAUGUUGAAGAAUUAGACCACGAUGAUGAAUCAAUGGAGGCAGAGGCUGAGGAUGAUGAUGAAGAUGACACCGGAAUCAAUGUAACGGAAGAGGAUGGCGAAAUGGUAGUGGAAAUAAAGAAAACGGGUAACUUUAUGCUUCCGGACACACAAACCAACCCAGACGGGAUUAAAGAGGACACAGUGUAUGAAGAAAACGAAGUUGAGACCACAUACACGGAGUUGGCAAACGUUGAACCAUUGCCUGUGAAAGAAGAGACACUAGAACCUGUCAAGGUGGACCCCGAGGUUUCCAUAGCUAUGGAUAUAGACCCCAAUCAAAACACUAAAGUAAUUCCGAAACCUGUUGAAGUUGCUGACAGUCGGACUGCCCCCAUAUUAAGAAAAGCUGAAGAAGUGAAACGCAAAGUUCUACAAAGCGCGAGUCCGCUACCUGAGAAGAAAAUUGCAAAAGCAGAGAGUACUAGCGCUGGAGCAAGCGAAAAAUCCUUGCGUUUGCUUGAGAAAGAACUACAGGAACUGAAAAGGACAAAUACUCGAAAUGAUGCUGCCAAAACUCCGGCAAAACCAAUGGAAGGUUUAAGAAAUAGAAGACCACAACUUCAUACUUCCACUCCAAAAGUCACCAGCAAAGCUGCUGAACUCAAGAAGGAGGCAACGGUUAUCAAGACCUCGGUCGUUGAGAAGAAGCAGGCCGAAAAGAAAGCUGUCACUAAAGAGAACAAGGAACCCAAGGAGGCUAAGGAAACUAAGACGGCAGCUGCUGCCAAGGAAGAUAAGAAAGAAGAGGUCAAAGAAAAAGAAACACCUAAGAGUGUCAAAAAUGGUACGACUGAAAAGACCCAACCCGAAGAAAACGUUCGGCGGUCUACGAGACCUUCUAAGAUAAAGGACUACGCCAAGAUGAUUCGCGACAAAUCUCAAGAUUCCGAUAAAGACUCAGAAGACGAUACUGAUGAUGAAGAAUACACAGAGGAAGAAGAUAAAUACGAGAUGAAGUUAAAGACCCGCAGGAGCAGUUUGAAGACGGCGCCUGCCAAGGCUGCGCCCGCGCCCGCCAAAGCUGCGCCCGCGACGCCCGCACCCGCCACGCCCGCCGGUCCGAGGAAGCGCGGCCGCCCGCGCAAGGAGCAACCUAAAGAAAUGCCUGCCGCCAAAGUUCGAAAAGACGACACUACAGAGGACGAAGAUAAAGAACCAGAAAAGAACGAAGCAGAACCAACUAAUAAAAUAAAAGAAGAAAGUAGUAAACAGGCUGAAGAACCAACCAGUAAGCCGGCCACACCUCCGGCUGAGAAGGAAACCGCUGACAACUCUGAAGCAACUGCUGAGCCUGGCUCUACUACACCUACUGCAGAAGUCAUCAAAAAGGCACCAGAAGAACAAAAGAUCGCGCCAAGUCCUCCAAGCAACAAUACGUUGAUGUCUCCGACUGGACAAACCUUGAAAAAGGUGCCUAUCAAAGCACUCCCGCCAGGAGUAAAACCGCUACCAUUGCCUCUUACCGGGCGAACUGUGGGCCAACCAGGCGAACUGUGUGAAAUGCAAAUCGGAAAGAAAGUAGUAAAAGUGCAGAAGAUAGUUAUGACGAAGGCAGAGGUUGAGGCAAUGGCUAAGAAAGGCCUCGUCGAGAUGAAGGAUGGCACAAUGGUGUUGAAGCAGGGAAUAAAACUGCCCACUUCUGAACUGUCUCUCAAAUCGCUCCCAUCCCUAGAUGCAAAGAAAGAAUCUCCCAAAACAGAAAAGGCUACGAAAGCUCAAAGCAACGUAACCGAGUAAUUUUUUGACUCUAAGAGCAUAAUCAUUUAAUUGUCUAUUAGUAUUAUGUUGAAUAUCGUUUCCCAAAUGGUAAAUUAAGUACAUUAUUUCUUAGAGUUAAUACAUAUAAGUAAUAGUUAUAUUAUCUAUCUAGUUAAGUUUAGUUUAAUUUCUGAUAUUAUUACAGAGACAAAGUGUUGUUGAAACAUGAUUAGAAGUCCCGAUUUAUACUUUUUCAAAUAAUGCAGGCAUUGAUUUCAAUAACUAUAUCAAAUAUAAUGUCAAAAUUCUAGUGAAUGUAAUCCUAACAUUAUUCAAAUGUACAGUUUAAAAAUAUCUUUUUUUUACAUUUGUGUGAUGUAUUAAAAGAAACACUAAUGGCCUUAGAUCUAAUCAUGUUGAUUGCUCCCUGCCUUUCAACGGGUAAUAAAUUAGUUUUGUUAUAAUUAUGUUAUUUUAAAUAUUUAUCUUCAUCACAGAUUAUUAUAGAAUUUGUUCGCUUUUGGACAGAUAACUAUUUCUUUACCUCGAUCGAUUAUCUAGCAUGUUAUUAAGAUGGAUCAGUAUUUCUUCUGUUGAAGGGUGGGGACGUCAUCGCCCUUUUACCAUUCUACGACUGCUUUACAAGCUUAAAAUUGUUAGAUUAAAACACUUCUUCUAUGUACAUUUUUGUACUGCAUGCAUCAUUAUCAUUUAUGUGAACAGGCUAAGAGCAUUUUAAAUAAUGAAUAAAUUCAUUUUAAUUGUAGUUACAUUACGAUGAAUUUUCUGUACAUGUGUAUGUCAAAUAGUAUU